AUGGCGGGUAUUUUGAGAGUUGUGCCUGAGCUCUCUCCAAGUUCCGUUGCAGUCAUCCGAGCACAUCCAAAUAGUCACGGUCAUGUAGUGAGGCUAUCUGCCAUUGAUCAAAUUGCGCCCAGAGACUACAUAUCAACAUGUCUCUUCUUUCGACACAGUCCCGAUGCAGACAAGCAGCAGAUCUUUCUUGCUAUGCAUAAGGCUCUUUUGAUGACCGUCAACGAUAUUCCUGAGCUUACAUGCUGUGUGCAAAAGCGUGUUGACAACAGCCGCGAAGAGGUUGAGCUUGUCUUUGACUCUGCCAGAGGCGUCGAGAUUUACUACAAAGACUACAAUUCUCCUGAGCUCUGUGGCCUGUGGACCUAUGGCAAUUUCGAUCAGCUUGAAAAGGAGCAUUUCCCACAUAGUAAAAUGCCCAGGAGCCAUGUUUUUGGACCUUCAUAUAAGUUAAAAGACAACGUGAAGCUCCCUUCUCUUAUCGUGCAAGUCAACUUUAUCCCCGGGGGUCUCAUUCUUGGGAGCCAGUUGCAUCAUGUAGCUGGAGAUGGUCAAUGCAACUUCAUGCUUUGGUCCACAAUAGGGUCACAUUUUGCUGCCGCAACUAGUGAACCAUCAAGCACACAAGGACCACCAGUCCAAUCAUUGGACAGACACGACAUCGUCAAGGGCGAUCUCGACACAUCCUUGCAGGAGUUUCCCGACUGGAAACUGGCAGAAGAUGAGAACAAAUUUCUCAAUCCCACGGAAUACGAUUCAGACGAGGUGUUUGAGAGCGCCACUUACUUUAUCCCAGCUGAUAAGCUUACACAACUCAAAACACAAAUCUUGAACGCUAUGCCUCCUACUACCAAGGCUGGAACAAUCAGUGCAUUGUGCGCGUUCCUAUGGCGUCAUGUAGUUGUGGCCAGAGACAUCGAUUGUCGAAAGUAUCCUGAGGCAAAGCUAGCUGUUACAGUAGAUGCAAGACCCCGUAUGAAAAGUCCAGUGAUACCGUCUACGUAUUGGGGCAACUUUGCAGAGCCAAAUGCAGUGGCUCAGCUACCUGUAGCUAGUCUACAAGAAAGCUCGGCUCUCUCAUCGGUAUCGUCACAGCAUUGCACAAGCACAAUUUAUGGUCAGGCCGCACACAUUGUACAGAGGGCGAUGGCUGCAGUGGAUGACAAGGCGGUUAGACGACUCGUCGGACUUUUAAAUCAGAUGCCGAAGAGCACCACUUUGACAUGGAACGCCAAUCGUUAUCCAGGUCCUGAUAUGCUCAUAGUGUGUAUCCAGCACCAUAGGUACAAUGAUAUCAACUUUGGGGAAAAUAUCGGUUAUCCUCUCGCUAUGAGAUUUACUGUUGGGGAUACAGAAGAUAAGCCCGAUGGCCGUUGUCUAAUUCUGCCACCACGGCGUGCUGAUUCUAAGGGGCUGGAAAUCUCGCUGCAGUAUGAUAAAAGAACUUUACGGAGGCUCAAGGACAAUGCGGAGUUUUCAGAGUAUUUCACGAGAAGGAAUUAG